CAUCACAUGCGCUCGUCAGCAGCCGCACACGCACUACCAUACUCUCGCGCGGCGGCCGUCCGUCCCGUUCCGUCUCGUCACGUCUCGAGCACGCUCCUCGAACUUGGCCGAUCUACAAGAAACUUAAAAACAUUUAUUAUCAGUUAUCACACCUACGUAUGUGUUUUUUAAAAUGUCGUCGACGGAUGUAUCAUAAUAUUAUUAUGUUGUAAACGCAUCACUCUCAAGACUCGUCUCGAGGGGAAAAUCGUAUAAAUUAUAUGGCAUUUACUAUACGAUGUAAUACGCGACUGUCGCUUAUAAUAUAAGCUUUGCACAUUCUGUCGUUCUAUCUCGCCGUAUUAAUUUAAUUUAAAGACAUAUUAUAUUGAUACGAUUCAAUUUCAAACCGUUUGCUCGUUUUUGUGCGCUCGGAUAAUACGUGUUUUUGUGUGUGUGUGUCGUUUGCAGCCGUCGCAUAAAUGGUCAGGAAACCGAAAGACGUGAACAUGAUAUCGGCAAAACCUAAUAGCAAAAUGAAUGAUCACGUGGCUCGGCUGCGGGUGGUGCAAGAGGUAUCAUCUCGAAACAGUUCAGCCAGCUGGAAUAGUUCGUGUACGUUUUCGACCGAGCAGAGUUUUCAAGAUCAACCAAGACCACCGGUGUACAACGUAGAAGACUAUGCAGGGUCCUUGCGAAAAUUUGGAAAGAGAGGGCCUACGUCCGACGUUAACAAUGGUGACUCACAUGAACCGAAGGAAACCGAAAUGACUCUAAAAGAAUUCACGUCAGCUACUGAGUUACUGGAAAAAUUGAGUGCUGACCUGAAACUUGCGUAUUUCAGCUUUGUACAAGAAUUCGUCGGUGACCCAAUAGAUGGAGUCACGCUGUUGCUGGAACUCCUGAAAACGAUCCAACAAAACGGCACACAAACAAAGUGCACGCCAGCAAACCAGCGCCGUAUCACAUUAGACGAAAACGCGUGCCUGCAAUGUUUGAAGUAUUGCAUGCGUUGUCAGGAUGCGGCUAGAAAAUUGGCGAUAUCUCCUGCCGGACUGUACACACUUGCCGCAUGCAUCAUGAGUACUGUCAAUCAAUCUCGAUUACUGACUCUGGAGUUACUGACCAAGGCAUGUUGUGAAUCGGGUACUGUAGAUGGACACAAUACGGUUUCGGACGCAAUGAGUACGAUGCGACUUAGAUUUGCUGAGCCCGUCAGGUUCAGAUUUUUAGUGGGAAUGAUGUCCGGUAGCGGUAGUUCCGGUAUGGAACUGUUGUUGGCUGGUUUAAAGUUUAUAAACGCCUUCACUGAAACGUGUCCGGAUCUUCAGACAAAGUUUUAUGUGCAAGCCGAACUCAAACAAGCUGGUUUCAAACCUGCAGCUAUAUUAAAAAAUAUUUCCAACAAAUCUCCACUAUUGAGCUCAGUCUCAGAUGAGAUAUACAGGUGGCAAAAAAAUUUCAUAAAUGUUGAAUCACUAAAAAGACAGCACGACGAGGUCAUCAGAGAAGCUAAGUCUCUUAGAGAGAAAGUAGUCAUGCUAGAAAAAAAAAUUCACCUUCUCCAAGAAGAGAAACGUGUAAUUUCUUCACGCAAAGACCACGUUGAAAGUUCACAAAAGAAUAAAAUUGAAGGCGGUGGUAAUUCUGCCGAAGACGAAGGUAUAAGUUCUUCCGAACAAGACGACUGUGAAGAGGAAGUAACAUCAAAGAAAAUUAAGGUUCCCUACAAGAUGUACAGCGUAUCACAAGGUGACACUACCAUCGAGGAAGUGCUCGAAGACUUCGAUAAGGUUAUAAACGAUGCGUCCACUGAGUCAGGUGAUGGACGGAAAAUGUCUUCAGUGAGCAGUGACAACUCCAAACGGUAUUACGAGUAUUCCGACACGGAUGACGUGGUCAUCAUUCCUACCAGAAUCGUUCCCGAGCCACCAAGGCGGUCCAGGAGCCUAUUCAUGAACAAAAACUUCGAAGUCAACCCGUUUUUCGAGGAUGAUGAAGAGAGCGUCGACUCCGAGUGCGCUUACGACGAAGAUGAUGACGAAGUUAAGUCCAAAAUAAAACGGAGUGAAACGUUUCAUUCGGUCCAGAAACAGAUAAAACGAUUCUCGGACCUGGCGUUGCACAGUCACCGCGUG